ACUGCAAGGAUCAACCCCUCCCUGCCUCUGCCCAGGGCAGCAGGUACCAAUUCCAGACAAGCUGGGCGGGAAAGGAGGGCCAAGGCACGGGGACCUUUUUCUCUCUGGGGUUUCCUCCUGGGCUUUGAUCUACCACCAGGAUGCCGGCCCCUGAGCAGGCCUGAGGACUCUCACAAUGCUUUCAUGGGUCCAAAAACGUAGCACUUCCGAGCACAGGGCCGAGCUAGAGAGCCCACCAAAGGGCCCCGAGCGUUGCUGCUGGUUCGUGUGGGACCCCCUGGGCAUCCUAUUUUCCAUGGCCAUGUGGGUGCUAGUGCUGAGCUCUGCGUGGUUCCUGGUCCGGGACCUGCUCGUACCAUCUAACAACAUAUCCUACGCUGUGACCAACGGUGUGGUCUUCCAUCUGCUGGCCUCCCUGGCGCUCAUUUCACACCUACGUACUAUGCUGACCGACCCCGGCUCUGUGCCCUUGGGAAACCCACCCGGGCCUGACACGGUGUCCUACUGUUUCCUCUGCCUGAGUGCCGUACCAGAGAGGACUGACCACUGCCUGGUGUGCGAACGCUGCAUUCGCAAAAACGACCACCACUGCCCCUGGGUCAACAACUGCGUGGGUGAAGACAACCAGAAAUACUUUUUGCUCUUCACUCUGUACAUUGGGCUUAUCUCAACCCACAUUCUGCUCCUACUGGGCAUCCCUAUCCUGCUGAGCCACGCCCAGGGUGAGUGGGAUUCCAGCAGCACCGUGUCCCCACCUGGCUCCAUCCUCUUCCUCUUCCUAGUGGCCUUGAUGGGCUUCCUCUUUGCCUUGGUGAUGCUCUGCUUCCAGAUGUGUGCCAUCUACACAAACAAAACCACAACCGAGAUGCUGUACCGGAACAAGCACUCACAGGGCAGACGGUCCAUGUGGGCAAAUGUGAAGGCCAUUUGCGGCUCCCGAGUCUCCCUAGCCUGGCUCAGUCCUUUUCAUUCCCCAAAACGUCACAAAGCGAGGGAGCACCACGAUCCGGCCUAACUCACUCAUAGGUGCCUGGGGCAAAGCACAGCACCACAGACCUGAACAAGCCAGCUCCCUGAAGGAAAGCAGCAAGGCAGAGUAAAAAGUAACGUACCUCAGAUUUUCUGAGCAAGAAAACAAGAUGGGGACGCCAGCUGUUGGGGAAAACCGGAGGAAAGUGCUCCCCGUGUGGCCCCCCUGCGGAAUUGAAAGUAAUUAAACGCAUCCAACCACGAA